GCAUUCGGUAGUAUCGCCCAUCGCGCAUUUCAAACGUCUUGAACACUUCCCGUGCUGCUCGGGUUCUGUUCUCGCGAUAUGUCGCGGGGUUUCCGGUGUUGUGAAUUGUCUCUGGAAAGAUGGCGGUUAGCAUCCGAGCUCGUCCUAUCCGAAGUAUACGGAUGCGAGGUCGGAAUGACAGCGGGGAGGAAAAUGUACCACUGGAUCUCACCAGAGACCCCAAAGACAACCUGCGAGAGAUUCUCCAAAAUGUGGCCAAGCAGCAGGGAGUCUCCAACAUGCGCAAAUUGGGUCACCUCAACAACUUCAUUAAGCUUCUUUGCAAUGUCGGCCAUUCAGAAGAGAAGUUUGGCUUUACCUAUGAUGAGAUCAUCAUCUGCCUCCGUUUGGCCCUGCUUAACGAAGCUAAGGAAGUUCGAGCCGCAGGUCUGCGGGCUCUCCGCUACCUGAUCAGAGACAGCGCCAUCCUCCAGAAGGUCUUUCACUUCCGGGUGGAUUACCUGAUUUCCAGGUGCAUCGACAUUCAGCAGAGUAAUGAGGUGGAGCGAACUCAGGCACUUCGGCUGGUGAGGAAGAUGAUCACUGUGAAUGCCCAGCUCUUCCCAAGCUCCAUCACAAACUCCCUCAUUGCUGUGGGCAACGAUGGCAUACAGGAGCGAGACCGCAUGGUGCGCGCCUGCAUCGCCAUCAUAUGUGAACUCGCACUGAAGAACCCGGAGAUUGUGGCUCAGCGUGGUGGUCUUAAAACCAUCUUAAAGAAUGUGAUCGACUGCCAACUCAGCCGCAUCAACGAGGCUCUAAUGACCACCAUCCUUCACCUUCUCAAUCACCCUCACACACGGCAGUACGUGCGCUCAGACGUGGAGCUGGAGCAAAUCCUUGCACCUUAUACAGACUUCCACUACAGACACAAUCCAGACACAGCAGAGGCGCAGCUCAAGGAGGACAGAGAGGCUCGUUUUCUGGCUAGUAAGAUGUCUAUCGUUGCUUCCUUUCGCUCGUGGUCUGGCAUCAUUAACCUCUGUAAGUCAGGCAGCUCCGGCAUCCAGUCCCUCAUCGGCCUUCUCUGUAUACCGAAUAUAGAAAAAGGUCUUCUUGACGUGCUGUAUGACAUUUUCCGACUCCCCGUUCCAGUAGUUACACAAGACUUCAUCGAAGCUCUUCUUAGUGUUGAUCCCAGUAGAUUUCAGGACAGUUGGAGGCUGUCAGAUGGCUUCGUAGCUUCAGAAGCCAAAAUUAUCCUCCCUCAUCGGGCCCGGUCGAGGCCUGACCUGAUGGACAACUACCUUGCACUUGUACUGUCUGCCUUCAUUAAUAGUGGGCUUUUAGAGGGGUUGGUGGAGGUUGUCACUAGUAGUGAUGACAGCGUUUCCGUAUGCGCUACCAUACUUCUCGGAGAACUCUUGCACAUGGCCAAUACCAUCCUCCCUCACUCCCACAGCCAUCAUCUGCACUGCCUGCCCACUCUGAUGAACAUGGCAGCCUCGUUCGACAUCCCUCAGGAGAAGCGGCUACGUGCAAGUGCUGCAGUGAACUACCUGAAGCGCUUCCAUGACAAAAAGAAGCGAGGCCCCAAACCCUACAGCCUUUACCUGGAUCACAUCAUCCGCAAGUCAGCUGCAGCCCAGUACUGUCGAGACCAGCACCUGCGGCCCCAGAAAGACAUCUAUGUCAUUAAGGACACUGAGGAGGCUCUGAUGAUGAAUCUUAGAGACAGUCAAAUUCUCAAUCACAAACAGAACCUAGAUUGGAACUGGAUUCUUAUUGGUACAAUACUAAAGUGGCCACAUGUCAAUCUGCGUAACAACAAAGAUGAACAAAUGCACAAGUUUGUUCGGAGGCUUCUGUUCUUCUACAAACCCAGCAGUAAGCUUUAUGCCAGCCUGGAGCUGGACCACAGUAAAGCCAAAAAGCUGACUGUUGUUGGCUGUCAGUUCAUCGAGUUCCUGCUGGAGUCAGAUGAGGAUGGCCAGGUGUAUCUUGAGGACCUGGUGAAGGACAUUGUGCAGUGGCUGUCCUCGUCCUCUGGGCAAAAACCAGAUCGUAGCCUACAGAGUAAUGGUCUCCUCAACACACUUAGCCAGCAUUACUUCCUCUUCCUCGGUACUCUCUCUUCCCACCCGAGUGGCGUCAAAUUGCUGGAGAAAUGCAGUGUCUUCCAGUGCCUGCUGAACCUCUGUUCCCUGAAGAAUCAGGACCAUCUACUGAAACUGACUGUAUCCACACUGGACUACAGCCGAGACGGCUUGGCUCGAGUCAUUCUCUCCAAAAUCCUCACUGCUGCAACUGAUAAUUGCAGGCUGUACGCAACCAAGCACCUGCGUGUGUUACUGCGUGCCAAUGUGGAGUUCUUCAGCAACUGGGGCAUUGAGCUGCUGGUCACUCAGCUCCACGACCGCAACAAGACCAUCUCCAUAGAGGCCCUAGACAUACUGGACGAGGCCUGUGAGGACAAGGCAAAUCUUCAUGCACUGAUUCAGCUGAAGCCAGCACUGACUCACCUUGGGGACAAGGGUGUGCUCUUGCUUUUGAGGUUCUUGUCCAUACCAAAAGGUUUUUCCUACCUCAACGAGAGAGGCUACGUCAGUAAGCAGCUGGAGAAAUGGCAGAAGGAAUAUAACCUCAAGUAUGUGGAUCUAAUAGAGGAGCAGUUAAAUGAGGCUCUCACUACAUACCGCAAACCAGUAGACGGGGACAACUACGUACGGCGGAGCAACCAAAGGUUGCAAAGGCCGAAUGUCUAUCUUCCUGUGCAUUUAUAUGGGCAGCUUGUGCAUGAUAAGACAGGCUGUCAUCUCCUAGAAUCUCAGAAUAUCGUACCUGACCUAAGCUACACUGUGCGAUCCCCAGUGCUGGACACAUGGGAAGGCAUCAAACAACUUAAAGCUGCUGUCUGGGCCUUGGGUAAUAUUGGCACGUCCAACUGGGGUCUGAACUUGCUACAAGAGGAGAAUGUGAUCCCAGACAUUGUGGCCCUGGCCCAUCACUGUGAGGUUCUCUCCAUCCGGGGGACAUGUCUGUAUGUACUGGGUCUAAUCUCCAAGACAAAGCAGGGCUGUGAGCUGUUGAAGAUGCAGGGCUGGGAUGCAGUUCGACACAGUCGUAGACAGCAGUGGCCUGUGGUGCCUGACGAGGUAGAGCAGCAGCAACCCCCGCCUCCACCUACCCUACUGUCGUCAGUGCCCAGCACUCUCAGCCUCAACUCUGAGUCCACCAGCUCUAGACACAACAGUGAAAGUGACUCCACCCAGCCCAGCAUGUACAUCCUGGAUGACGAUAAAGAUGGCUCUGAGUUGUCUGAGGAGCAGCCACUGUACAUCCGAUCCAAGCUGCUAAAGGACCGCAGCCCCUUCACAAUCUUGGCAUCCAGCCGCUUUGUACGCAACCGUUUCCUCAUCUCUCUUUCUGGAAAGAAGCCGCGCAGCACUAGUGACCCUAAAGGUAGCAGCAGUCAUAAGCUGUUUGGUGAGCAAAAGCUGGGAGGCCUGAGGAGAAAUCGCACAGUCACAGAACCCUCUGUGUACUCCCCAGGUCAGGGAGAUGUGUUCAGCCCGGUGUUUCCUGAUCUGUCCAAGAGCCCGUCAGUCACCCUGGAGACUUCAUUCAUAGGGAGUAAAGGGGACGAGCAUCAGGAUGGCAAUGGGGAGAGCGAGUCACGUCUGCCACGCGUAACAGAGCGCAACAUGGCAGGUGGAGACAUGCAGCGUGAACAGACCAGUCGUGAGAGGCUGGCAGGUGACGGACCUACCUCUGGAGGCGGCGCUCAGUUCAAAAGCCGAAGCCAAAGCUUCAACACGGACACGACGACUAGCGGAAUCAGCUCUAUGAGCUCGAGCCCGUCCAGAGAGACAGCAGUGGGCGCCACAGACCCGUCUGCUAUAGACACAGAUUGCGUCAGCCUCAGCACGGUUGCCAGCGCACAGACCAUCCGGACCCUCCACUCCCUUACCCCCCAGUCCAAUCACCUCCCCCUUUCCAAAUCUAAUUCGGUGCUGCUAGCGCCACCAGGCUCAUCUCACACACUGCCACGAAGGGCGCAAUCUCUCAAAUCGCCCUCUGUCACCACCAUCACUAGCCUGACGGACUGCAGCUUUAUGUACACAAGCCCCAGGGACGCACUAGGCUAUGCCACACUCAAGCGGCUUCAGCAGCAGCGCAUCCACCCAUCCCUCUCCCACAGUGAGGCGCUUGCUUCCCCUGCCAAGGAUGUGCUCUUCACUGACACCAUCACUAUGAAAGCUGGCAGCCUGGAUUCCAGGCUCACGCCAAGAAGGUUCCUGAAGGCUCUGAGUUUUGCAUCUUUAGAUAAAGAGGAUCUUCUGAGCCCCAUCAGUCAGACGACACUGCAGCGCUCAUCCUCUGUGCGCUCCAUGGUGUCCAGCGCCACUUACGGCAGUUCGGAUGACUACAUUGGCCUGGCUUUACCUGUGGACAUCAACAACAUGUUCCAGAUAAAAGAGACACCAUAUUUCCAGAAGAGGACUAGCCCACCUUCAGAGGACAGAUCUGCAAAGUUCUUCUCCGGAGAUUCUGAUGGUUCUGAUGGCUCACGGCACGGUGUACUGAAGUCUCAGCUCAGCAUUACGGAGUUGAUGUCCGUGAGCCGAGCAGAUCAGCAGCAGCUGUUGGGCUCAGAGGAGACAGGUCUGCAAGAGCACACAGAGGAGAACUGCUUGUACUGUGUAGGCUGCAAAGUGCUGGGCUGCAACACGCACACAACAACACAAAGCCGUCCAGACUUUGCUGAUGCUCCAUACUCGGAGUGGUGUAGUCAGCCUGUGCACAACCACCUUGAGGUCAUGCCCCAUUCGAAAUUCUCUGGAGUGUCGGGGUGUAGCGACGCUGUGUCCCAAGGCUCUGCUGGGAGCACCCGUAGCACAGAGCUGGUUCUAGGAGUUAAGACCAUUCCAGAAGACGCUCCAGCCUGCAGAGUUCUGCUGAGGAAAGAGGUGCUGCGGCUGGUCAUCAACCUCAGCUCAUCAGUAGGAACCAAAGGCCAUGAGACGGGACUGCUCACGAUCAAGGAAAAGUUUCCUUAUGCGUUUGAUGAUAUCUGCUUAUACUCGGAAGUGUCCCACCUUCUGGCUCACUGCAUGUUCAGACUCACCUCUCGACGCUUUAUCCAGGAGCUGUUCCAAGACGUACAGUUUAUUCCGCUUUACGAGGAAGCCGAAAGCAUUUUGUCAAUGCCAUCGAAAUGUGUAAACUCUCCACCAGAGUCCUGAUAUAGUAAAGCCUGUGCUUGCUGUUACCCCAUCCACCCUUCUCCACCCAGACCUCCUCAUUCAUUUUCGCCUGGCCUGGCUGAGACUUUAUGGAAGAUGGAGGCAAUAAGAGGUAACGAGGGAAUAAUGGAGCAGGUGGAGAGAAGAAACAAAAAAAGAUAGAAGGCUGAAACAGCAUCUGAAGAGGCAUUUGUAAAAUGUGUCUGUGGAGGAAUAAGAAUCGGUACGGCGCUUUUUUUUUUUAAAAGAUCAAAAGAAACAUACUGCCUGGGGAAAAAAAGCCUGAAUCAAGACAGACAACUGUUUGAACUUUGACAGUUGGAGUUGCAACCAAAAUAAAGCUUUUGACUGACAGUUAUGUGUAUAAAAGCACGGACAGUGUGGAGACAGUAAGAAAACAAAAAUCCACUGAAAGCUGUACAAGCUGAUGCUGAUAUAUAUAUUUUUUUUAUUUCUGUCUCAGUUCCGCACAGCUGUCAUGAACGCAUUCGGAUAUGGACUGAAAUUACAAACAUGUUUGCUCUUCUUCCCUUUGGAUCCCUCAAGUUUUGAUUUUAACACUACAAGAUUGUGGUUUGUAUCACUAACUUAAUCCAUGUAUAUAAAGAAAUACGCAGCGAGCCUGUAAUUGAAUUAUUCAUCAGAAGAAAGCCUCAGUUUUUGAUCCACACCCACACUCCUACAUGUGAGACAAUCAUUAGUUAAAGACCCAGCCAUCUGUAUGGCAGUAACCACAUUAUCAUUUCUACUACAUGGCUUUAACUGUUAUAAAGCACUGAAUUAUGACUCUCAUUUAAGCUUAAACAUGCUCAUCUCACCCACAGUCUGUAUGCUUCUGGGAUAAUUGGGUUAAAAUUAGUAAAUAGUAAUCUUUAAUUACAGAACAAGAUCUGAAACUCAUUGAAAUAGUGCAGCUUUAAUUUCCCUAUGUAUGUUUUCCAGGUAAGGCUGUUUUUUUUUUUCUGUUGUUGUUUUUAAUCCAUUCAUUCACUAGGCACAAGUUCUGCUUUCAUUGGCCCAUUUACAGAUACACUUCUCAUGUAGGUCACUUUGUAGGUGUUCAGUUACCGACUAAAGCCUGUCCACUCCACAUUUAUAUAAUACACUAUUCUUAAAAGCUUCAGGGUCACUGCUGGAUUAAGAAAAAGUCCACCAACCAAAAUCUUUUUAAUCAGAAUACCGACCCUGAUUAAGGCAUUGUUUGGAUAUGCUGAAGUGUAAUGAGACAGAAGCAGAGUAACUGUUACCACCAGUAACAAGAAUAACGCGAGGUGGGAAAGUCCUCUUAUUCCACAGCAUAUUUUUUAAAAAUAGAUGAAUGACUCGUACUGUGAUUUAUCCAUGAGUAUUAGAAUGAAAAUUGUCCUGUUCUAACCUCUGUUCCAAAAAAUGUCAUGCCAUUAAAAAGCAAGUUGCAGCUUUAACUUUGACUGUUAGAAACCUGUGAGUCUCCUAGAAACUCCUAACACAAACACCUUACAGAAAAAAAGUCAACAUUUCAAUGAUUGUUCAGAUUUUAAUUAAUAACAUCCAUGCAUUUGUGAUCAUGCAUUUUAUACAAAUGCAAUUAUUUUAUGUAAGUUUUCCUUUCAGCUGCUGUUAUAGAUGAUUUAUCAACAUAAUCAGACCAAUCAGUUGAAAAAAAUUAUCAGGGCUGUGGAAUAAAGGAUCAUUAACACACAAAACAGAGCUUUAGUCUCUAAUCUGAACACCUACAUGGCCAACAAGGUAGGAGUGUGUAAUAAAGUGGCACAGUGUAAUAUAGCUAAAGGUUUUAGCGUGUUUAAGAGUUUACUGCUGUACCAAGUCUCCUCACAAUCGCACUGCAUACAGUAUGUACUAACUGCAUACGUAAUAUCGGUUGACAGUUUGCUACAUAAUAAAUCCUGUACAUAUAUCAGCUGUCAGACUACUGCAUUUCCAACUGUACUAUUCCGAAUUUAUUGGAAUUAUUAAAAAUGUCAGCAAUAACAUCAUUAGUAAAGGUUCAGCUGGUAGUCUGUGUCCAGAGUCUAAAUAAGGGUGAAGUCGAGACUGUUGGUUUGUUUGCUUUUUAGUUUGGCUUCAAACUGCACAGAAUUCGCAAAUAAAAGUGUUCCCUGAGGGUGUGUUGGGCUGAAGACUUCCAGUAAAUCUCUAAUUCAUUGGUAAUAAAUAUACAAAUUUACUUUUACAUAAACAUACUUUGUAAAAGUAUGUUUAUGUAAAAGUAAAUUUGUAUAUUUUCUGACUACUUUCUGAUACUUUCUGAUUUUCUGAAUACUUUUCUCACAUCCACUGUUUUUUGUUUUUUUCCUCUUUGACAAAUCAAAUCUACUGAGCAUGUUUCUUUUUUUGUGGCUCUGAACGUAUCAGAGGAAGCUUCAAUGCUGUUUCCAGUCACUAGCUCUGAAUCAAACUGCUAACUGAGCCACCGAUUUGUUUUAAGAGGUUCUGGUUCAGUUUCUAGUGGAGGCUUGGUCACAGUAAACUUACAACACAGUACAACAGCAGCACUGGUCAGUUAUUGUUUGUAAACUUCCAAGUUUCACUUCUGGGCUCAUGGAUCAUGGAACUGCUGAGUUUGUGGAACUUUUGCAUCAAAGCGAUGAGGUUAAUGUAGCUAAUGGAAGUCCAUAAGCAAAUAAUAGUACCGUGCUGACUCGCUACUCAGCCUUGUCCCUAAUUACGAUUGAAAGAUAAACAACAGGAAAUGCAAUCGAAUUUGUAUUCUUAUUAACUAAUGCACAGCAGAGAGAAGUGUAUGCAUGCCCAUUUUUCUUCAUUCCCUGUCCCAUUAACCCUCCAAUAACCCCAGUUCAAAAGCAACUUGCUCUUGCCAAGCUCUACUCGCUGCCAAAGGUAUAAAAUGGUCUGGUACAUUUCUAUUAAUGAACUUUAGCUGAAAAAAGUUAGACUUUUAGACUCAGAUAAGCACCUUCACCCUGGGGCAUGUUUCCUUUUCUUUCAGCUGCAAAGCAUUUCUACCACUUUGUGUCAAGUUUUUGUGUCCUUCAACUUGGAGUUUUUGUAUACUGUAUGAAAGGGUUCUAAGGAAGCUAAAACUCUUACAUACCCAGCUUUAUCUAAGUGUUGAAGAAAUAAGGUAUAAUUUGAGAUGAUGAUGAUGAUGAUGAUGAUGAUGAUACUUCCCUUCCAUCUGAACAACUUUCUUAAAGUUUAUUUGGCUUUAAGGGGAUAGUUUGACAAACAUAGUGGAUGAGCCGUGAGACAUGUUUGGCCUGAAGAUUUACUUUAGUAUGAGACAUAGAUGUAAUAUGCAAUAUACACAUUCAAAAGAGAACACUUUUCUUUGCAUACUUUGAGACACAGGGCUUAGGGAACGUAUUUAUACCAGACUCUGCAAAGUUGUCCAAGAACUGUUAAGCAUAAAUGUUGUGUUCAGCUACACUGUGAAGAGUUGUCCAUACUUACUUGGUGCAGUAAGACUGCUUUCACACUUGGCAUGCUUUAGUUUCUGUCACCCAUUUUUUUUUUUUUUUUUUUUUUUUUUGUUGUUGUUGUUUACUUGUAAUCCUAUGGGAAUGUGGCUGCCUCCAGAUUCCAGACAACAUCAUGUGACUUCUGUUGUCAGGUCUGGAUUUGGGAAGUAAUCAACAAAAACAAACAUGGAGGACAACACGCUGAUGAAAAUAAGCAUUAUUAGUGAGCGAAUAUGAGAAUUAUGACAUGCUGGAUCACAUAUUUUUUAACUAAAUAUAACAGCAUGUAUAUGUUUGGGACAUUCACCAGUAUGUGAUAUGUCACUGCGUUGCAUGCAGCCAAGUUACAUGAACUACUCCAAUUCAUUUUAUUUUCUGCCUCUAAAGCUACAGAAGCAAACAACCUUCUCAUUGCCAGCCUUCCACUAAUCUAAACUGCAUUACUGUUAAUAAUACCAUAAAUCAGAUCUGGAGAGCAAGCAUGGCCGAGUACUUGCUGGGGCUCUGAGUGUUGUGUGGUUCCAGUAUAUUAUGCGAGUUUCCAUACAAGCCACAAAAGUCCCUCAGGCUAGUGUGAAAGCAGUCUUAGUCCAUUUGAAUCCUAAACAGCACAUCACUGACAAAAGUGGCUGUGGUUUGGCAGUUGAUAUUUACACAAAAUAUUUUUGCAAAGUGUAAAGAGGCAAAAGUCAGAAAAUAUUCACGUCAUAACAGAUACUGAUCUGUUUUUAUUUCUAUUUUUAUUUUUUUAAUAUUCCUUUAAAGCAGGUCCACAGCUUUUGUCCUGGCCAUUACAUGAGCAUGACGCAAUAAAUAAACCUACUGACGAUGAAGCCCGAUCUAUGCCUUUUCUUAGUCUAAUCUUUAAGCCUUUCAUCAGAUAAAGGUUUUAUCCGGGAUAAGCAGUUAUCUGUAAAGAUAAGUUUGAAGUAUAGAGAUCUACUUUUAUUCAAUGUGCCUGUUGAUUCCAAAUAAAUGAUUUUGGUGUCAUAAUCGGUUUUAAUGAGACAGAGUGGUGGAUUUGUUGCUUUUUUUUGGCUGGGCCAGUCAUGCUAUUUAGGCAGCUUUAAUUAUUUUGCCUUAUACGUAUUUUUUGUAUUAGCUUUAGACUUAAUGAAAAUGUCUGAUGAUGUUUUUUUUUUUAUUAUUAUUAUUAUUUAUUUAUUAUAGAUCCUACUAAAUCAGCAUCUUUAUCUGCCUUGGCUUUUUUGCAAAUACAAGGUUUUAUUAUUAUUAUUAUUAUUAUUAUUAUUAUUAUUAUUAUUAUUAUUAUUAUUAUUAUUAGGUUCAUUUCUUUUAAGAAAGCAUUGUAAAGACAUUUUGGCUCUAAAAUGACUGACUAAUAUCAUCCCAUACUUGUGUGGUUUUGAAAAGCAAUUUUUUUUCUUUCUUUUUUUAAGUACAUGUAUGUCACAACCCUCCCAUCAACACACCCCCUCCUCCUCCCCCAACAUAUAUAGGCUAAUAUGAGAGAAAAACUUGAAAGAAGCAAAGCUGUUUAAUAGAGGCAUGUUAGGGAUCAGGUCACAAUGCUGAUUUUCUCCUCUGUUAAUCUCAGAAUUGUGUUUAAUUUAUUAACAUGCUACCACUCAUCGAGCGUGUGAACAUGUGGAAACUGAUCACUAGAAAUAUCUCUUUGUUCAUGCAUAAUCAGUGUUUGUUCCAUCUUGCCAUUUGAUCAGUAACACUGAUUAUUUCAUUGCAUGAGUCAUUUUUGAAGCAUGAUCAGCACUGGUGGUUUUGGUGCCACUAAAAAACAAUGUACUAGAUGCAAGUGAAUAUUUUGCUCUUUCUGUGACUCGUUUGUUUUUGUUUUUUCCCCUGUAACUGCAUUUUUUUUUUCCUUCAAAACAGGUGUUUUCAUCACCAUUCACAGCGAACGGUUUUAUCUGUAUAUCUGUGCCAUGUUUUUUAUUUCUUUUAAAAAAUCUUCCCUACUUUCAUUUUUUGUUCUUCUGAAGUGCGCUCAUGAGUUUGCAGAGCACUGUAUUAAAUUUAUUAAGAACUAUUUAAUAUUGAAAAUGCAGAAAUGGAUGCAAAAAAGUGUUAUUUAUAUUUUUUCUUGCAAAAAAAAUGUCUCAGAAACGUACAUUGUACAAACUUGUAAUGUUUUCCAUAAUUGUGGUCUCCCUUGUACAGUUCAUUGUUUGUUUUCUGAAUUAGAAAUGAGCCUUGAAAAACAA